AUGAUGCACAAACCGACAGCAUACACGAAAUUUUCUUUCCUUUUUACCCUCCUAUUUCGAAUUUUGCCCAGCGCAGCACUCAGAAUCCCCGGAGCCAUUAUUAGGGCCUUACUGCAAAAGUUGCCUCUUGGGCCAUCCGCAUGGAAUGGUUUCGUCGGAGCUUUAAUGGACAGCACUCCCCCACACGAGCUUCAAGCCAUUCUGCCAUCCACGAUUGACACCUACAACAGAUGGGUGGCGUCUAAUGGGGCUACUCGUGCAGUAGACUUUUUGGCUGCUGACAAUUCAACUCGGCUACUGUGGAUUGGUCCAAGGAAGGCGAAGAAUGUAGUCCUCUUUUUCCACGGUGGUGGCUAUGUGAUGCCCCUUUCCACAGGACAUUUGGACUGGAUGGCACACGUGAAGAAGGAGGCUCUCGAUGCUGGGGUUCAGCUCAGUGUGUGUAUUCUAGAAUACGACUUGAUCCCCGCCAAUCCGUAUCCAAGGCAAAUGUCGCAAAGCAUUUUUGCCUUGGAGCAUCUCGUGGACUUGGGUUAUGAACCGUCCGAGAUUGUUUUCGGAGGUGACUCUGCAGGUGGACACCUGUCACUAAGUCUCAUGGCCCAUCUCCAUCAUCCUCGGCCCACAAACCACGGAACGAAAAAUAUUGUUGAUCUGCAUGGCACUGUACGAGGGUGCUUCCUUGUGUCUCCCCUGACAUCGUUCGAUUUCAAAACUGCCGCGUAUCAAAGAAGGUUCAAUGCCGAUAUUUUAAGCAGGUGGGUUGUGCAUAAAUGGGGGGACUAUCUUGUGGGAAACUCUCCCUGGCUAGAAGAGAUUUCCGAAGGGAAUGGCUGGGGAAUGGCACUGGAUGUGCCGGAGAGCUGGUGGCUGAAUUUUAGGGCCGUCGAUCGUAUUCUAUUAACAGGUGGUUAUGAAGAGGUUUUCAGUGAUCACAUACAGCAGCUGGGAAAUAUGCUCGAAAGACAAAGCCAAGGGGUUGUGACGCUCCAUAUGGGCAACGAAACCCACGAUAGACCGUUGAUGGAUUUCAUGUCAGGCAGGCAGCCGAGUGAAACGACCAAGACUAUUACAAGCUUUGUGAUAUCUUGCUUCAAAGGAUAAAUCCCACAGUUUUGGUAGAUAGAGCAUUUGAAUAUUGAGAUAGACUGAUAAUUCGGCUACGC